CCCCCCCAUAAUAGAAGACCAUCCCCUAUUAGAAGACCACUGCCGAUUAUAUGACCUGAAAGUCAAAUAGAAGACCAUGGUCUUCUAACUCCUGGAAGACCAGUGGUCUUCUAUUAUGUCCGCGAAAAAAGUCGGAAAAUGCCCUAUACCUAUACCCUAUAGGGGAAUUUUCAAAAAAAUUUCGCCAAAAAGUACUUCUAAUAGGGGACGGACUUCAAGUACGUGAGGUUGAAUAUUUACCACAAUUAGAAUAUUUAAAAAUACAAAUAAAUGUUCGUUAUAAAAAAUUGUUCGAAUUUGAUAAUGAAAUGGAUUGUGAAGACAAUGAUAUUAGUGAAAACGAUGAUGACUAUAAUUAUGACAUAAUUACAGAUAAAUUGCUUUCAUUGUAUUUAAAAGAAUUUCAUUUAGAAAGACGCAUACUUAAAUAUCAUUAUUUAGAGUUGUUAAUUCAACAAUUUUAUCGUUCACUCGAACAUACUCUGCUAUUAUCAUAUCAAACACCGUAUUGGUUAGAAUAUCCAGUAAUGUGUUAUGUUGAUUCGUCAGUUCAUAUUUGUACAGUACUAUCAUUACCAUUUAAAUUCGAAUAUUUAAAUUUUGUAUUAAAUAAUAUAGUGAAUUAUCGUUUGAAUACACCUCAAGGAAAAACAAGAUUACCAAUGACUAGUGUAAAGAUAGUUGAUAUCUAUAAUUAUGUAUUAACAACAACAGAAUUGAUAGAAUUUAUUAAAGAAACAUGUCCAAAUAUAACAAUAUUAAAUAUAUUACGUAGUUUUUCUCUGGAUUAUCCUUUUUCAACGAAAUUAAAAUUUGCUAAUAUAACAAAAUUAAGAAUUUUCAUCUAUAUUAUUCGAUGA